GUCGGAAGAAAGUCAGUUAGCAAGUGGAAAUCACCGGAAAAACUACAUUGCGCGGCAAAAGGAAAAUCGCGAAGUCACAGAAAAUUACACCGCAGACGGGAAAUACAAAAAAAAAACAGCCCCAAAGGCAAAGCUCAGUCGAUGCUGGCAGCGCCGAAGGCUGAUAACAAAAGUUAAUAACAAUAACGAAGCGGAAAAAAGCAAAAAGAGAGAAACCAAUGAAAAGAAUAUAAGUAAAAACAAAGCAAACAAAAAAAAAAAUCGCGCGUUUAAUUAACGGACAUUUGACGAGGGCAGCGCAGCCGACGCUGCAGUCGCAGUCGGCGUCGCAGUCGCCGUAGCCGACGCGUGUGAGUGUGUGUGCGUGCAAGUGAGUGUGCGUGGGUAUCUGUGUGAGCUGGCGAUAUAAAACUGCAAUUGAUUGCAAUUUCGGCGGCAUUUGCAAAAUAGCAAGCCGGCGAAGAACACAAAACCAAGAAAUCAAUAAACAAACAAAAACUAAAAACAAACAAAAAGAAUAUUAAAAAACAAACUCGCAACACGACAAAACAACACAGCCAAACGGUCCAUCGAAUCGAACGGAUCCCCAGCCAAAAUAUAUACUAUAUAGCAGUCCGAUGUAGCGAGAGCAAUUAUAAUAUACGAAAAUGCAACCAUUCCGUUCCGUGCCGUGCUAAUGCAAAACGUAUACGAUCCGAAACCGAUUUAUAUACUCGUACAAAUAGAUAAACCCAAGUGAAAUAACAAUUUUACAGCCCACUGAAACCGAAAUAUUGCAAUUGCAUUGCCGAAUUCUGUAAAAGUUUAACAGCAAGUGGAGAACAUCAAAGGAACUAUUUUUGGAGACAUUUGCUGGGAAGCCUUUAAGCCACGUAAAACCAGGAACAACGGUACUUCUUCAUCAAGUUUACAUCUGUACCCGCUUGACUUUUGUCUAAUUUAUUGAGUGCAGCCGCCGAAUAAGCUGGGCGGAAUUGUAUGAGGCAGCAGCAGCGAAUCAACCAGAAAGCAGCUAACCCAACGGAAUGGAAAAAAUGUUAGACCACGCCGUUUGUCGAGCGUUGAGGAUUUGACGCUGAGCUGUGUCUGGAAGGAAACGCUAUCCGCUUUUCCGGCUCUCGAGGCGCCUCCCCGUGGAGUGAGGUGCAAGCGCAGAGAAGGUCAGCUAAGAAAGACCCCGAGUGGUUCCAAGUCACACAACCGAACUAAGCUAAGACGCACAAAAUGAGACACAAUCGACUGAAGGUCCUGAUCCUGGGACUCAUCCUCUCCCUGACAUCCUGCCGAGCGGAUGGACCACAGCACAGCGUAGAUCAUGGCAUGGGUGGAAUGGGCAUGAAUAUGGGUGGACACGGCAUCGACGCGAGUCCAGCGCCGGGUUACGGAGUCCCAGCCAUACCCAAAGACCCAAAUCUACGAUGCGAAGAGAUCACCAUACCCAUGUGCCGGGGUAUUGGCUACAACAUGACAUCUUUCCCUAACGAAAUGAAUCACGAAACCCAGGACGAGGCGGGCCUGGAAGUGCAUCAGUUUUGGCCACUGGUGGAGAUCAAGUGCUCACCGGAUCUCAAGUUCUUCCUGUGCAGCAUGUACACGCCCAUUUGUCUGGAGGACUACCAUAAGCCGCUGCCCGUCUGCCGCAGUGUCUGCGAGAGAGCCCGUUCAGGAUGUGCUCCCAUAAUGCAGCAGUACAGCUUCGAGUGGCCGGAGAGGAUGGCCUGCGAGCACCUUCCGCUGCAUGGUGACCCCGAUAACCUUUGCAUGGAACAACCUUCCUACACCGAGGCAGGCAGUGGCGGCAGCUCUGGCGGAUCGAGCGGAUCUGGCAGUGGAUCCGGAUCCGGAGGCAAGCGGAAGCAGGGAGGCAGUGGCUCGGGCGGCAGUGGUAGCGGUGGCAGUGGCGGAUCAACCACCCAGGCGAAGUGCCGCGGACGCAAUUCAAAAAACUGUCAAAAUCCCCAAGGAGAAAAGGCAAGCGGAAAAGAGUGCAGCUGCUCGUGCCGCUCCCCACUCAUCUUCCUGGGGAAGGAGCAGCUGCUGCAGCAGCAGUCGCAAAUGCCCAUGAUGCAUCAUCCGCACCACUGGUACAUGAACCUCACUGUCCAAAGGAUCGCCGGCGUACCAAACUGCGGCAUUCCGUGCAAGGGCCCCUUCUUCAGCAACGACGAAAAGGACUUCGCCGGCCUCUGGAUCGCCCUAUGGUCGGGACUGUGCUUCUGCAGCACUCUCAUGACCCUAACGACAUUCAUCAUCGACACCGAAAGGUUUAAGUACCCGGAGCGGCCCAUCGUCUUCCUCUCCGCCUGCUACUUCAUGGUGGCCGUCGGUUACUUGUCCCGCAACUUCCUGCAGAACGAGGAGAUCGCCUGCGAUGGCCUGCUCUUAAGGGAGAGCUCCACCGGUCCGCACUCUUGCACCCUGGUCUUCCUCCUCACCUACUUCUUCGGCAUGGCCUCGUCCAUCUGGUGGGUGAUCCUCAGCUUCACCUGGUUCCUGGCUGCUGGUCUGAAGUGGGGCAACGAGGCCAUCACCAAGCAUUCUCAGUACUUUCACCUCGCCGCCUGGUUGAUACCCACUGUCCAGUCCGUGGCCGUCCUCCUGCUCUCGGCAGUGGACGGAGAUCCCAUUCUGGGCAUCUGCUAUGUGGGCAACCUGAACCCGGAUCACUUGAAGACCUUCGUCCUGGCCCCGCUCUUCGUUUACCUGGUCAUCGGAACCACCUUCCUGAUGGCCGGUUUUGUUUCCCUCUUCCGGAUCCGGUCGGUGAUCAAGCAGCAGGGCGGAGUAGGAGCUGGAGUGAAGGCGGACAAGCUGGAGAAACUAAUGAUCAGGAUUGGCAUCUUCUCAGUGCUUUACACAGUCCCGGCCACCAUAGUUAUCGGAUGCUAUCUGUACGAAGCAGCCUACUUCGAGGAUUGGAUCAAGGCCCUGGCUUGCCCAUGUGCCCAGGUGAAGGGUCCCGGCAAGAAGCCGCUCUACUCGGUGCUGAUGCUCAAGUACUUCAUGGCCCUGGCCGUGGGCAUUACCUCGGGCGUUUGGAUCUGGUCCGGAAAAACCCUGGAGAGCUGGCGUCGCUUCUGGCGGAGACUCUUUGGUGCGCCGGACCGCACAGGCGCUAACCAGGCGCUGAUCAAGCAACGGCCACCGAUUCCGCAUCCAUAUGCCGGAUCUGGAAUGGGCAUGCCUGUGGGCUCGGCGGCGGGCUCCCUGCUGGCCACGCCAUACACCCAGGCGGGCGGAGCCUCGGUGGCCUCCACCAGCCACCACCACCUGCACCACCAUGUUCUCAAGCAGCCGGCGGCCAGCCACGUAUGA